AUGAACCUACAAAGAGCUUUCCAGCGAGUUUACGGCGUCUUGUUGAACACUAAUGUGAACACGGCAGCACCAUGUUGUUAUUCAGUCCGUCUAAAGCAUACAAAAGAAGAGGUGAACGAGCACAGGGCUAAGGUGAUGGCUAAAGGGCUACCAGAGAGGAAACCCUUGCCAGGAGUGAAGAGCAUCAUUCUAGUUGCAUCAGGAAAAGGAGGGGUUGGGAAGACCACCACUGCUGUGAAUCUCGCAUGUGCCAUGAAGGUGAUAGAGCCUGAUAAGGAGAUUGGUCUCUUGGAUGCUGAUGUAUUUGGUCCAUCAGUGCCCCUAAUGAUGAACAUCAGUGGGGAGCCCAUGCUGAAUGAUGAUCACCUGAUUGAGCCGCUAUUGAACUAUGGUGUCAAAUGUAUGUCAAUGGGCCUGCUAGUAUCUGGUGAAAAUGCCGUGGUAUGGCGGGGGCUGAUGGUGAUGCAGGCGCUGGACAGACUGACGAGACACGUGGCGUGGGGGCCGCUAGACUGCCUCGUGGUCGACACCCCGCCCGGCACUGGAGACACACAUCUAUCACUUGCACAGAACUUGCCAAUAGAUGGAGCAUUAGUAGUGACCACACCCCAGUCAGCAGCCCUACAAGUCACGAAAAGAGGAGUGAAUAUGUUUGAGAAACUGAAAGUUCCUAUUGUCGGCAUGGUGGAAAACAUGUCACACGCCAUUUGUUACAAAUGUGGCACGAAGAAUUUUGUGUUUGGUAACGACACUAAACAAACCGCAGACCAAAUGGGACUCGAAAUAAUCGAAAGCUUCGAAGUGGAUCAUAACAUGUCAGAGUGCAUAAAUAGCGGCAAGCCAGCGAUAUACGCUCUGCCCGACAGCAUACACGCAGAGAAAUAUAGACAACUAGCCAACAAAGUGUUCAAAUAUAUAGAAACUAAGGACAAAGAACGAGCAAAGGCGAAAGAAUAG